AUGAGGAGCCGCGCCUUCUGCCUAUCCCUGCAGCAGCGCCCCGCGCGCUUCGGCGCCGCUGAGGCCGCGAUGGCGCAACUUCCGGAGUCGCUGCAGCUGGAGAUGUUCCCAGGCAUCUACGGCAAUGACUUUCGGCAUUUGCUGCCAGACCUGUCAGCCUUGGAAGCUGCCAUGGGCUGCCGCCUGUACCACCAGUGGCCCAUUUGCGAUGUGGAGGAUGUUGUCCGAAUGAAGCCGGAGCUGGCGGAAUUGCCGGACUGGAAGGCCUGGGAGACCUACAUCUCCUGGCACCGAUGCUGGAUAUCUGACCGAGCCAGCAACUACAUUGACUUCUACAACAGACACUUGAAACUGGGCGAGGUCGCUGCCUGUCUCGGCCACUUCCGGCUCUGGCAGAAGGCCGUAGAGGAAGACUUGGAGCUGUGCGUUGUCUUUGAGGAUGAUGCCAGGCCAAGCCGGUCUGGGCUGGAAAAAUUCCUGUCUGAGCUGGCAAAGCUGGAUGCCAUGGAGUUUCAGUGGGAUUUGAUCUACUUGCACUCAGCCCUGUACUCCAAGGCUCAGGAGCCAGAAGUUCCGGGCUGCGAGCUAUUGUUGGCUGGUCACCGCAAGUGGGCAGGUGCCUACGCACUUUCCUCUCGUGGGUUGAAGAAGCUGGUGGCCAGCGGGUACGAUCAAUGUAUCUUUCCAGUGGACGACUUUCUUCCAGCCCUUCAUUCUUUCCACCCACGCCCAGACAUCCGGGACUUGCCCUGCGUCCGUGCAGUAGAUGGCUUCGUGGCACUCACCGUCCCAGACACCCAGAAGCUGGUGGAGGUGGAGGAUCGAGGCUCUGUGAGCAAAUUCUCCACGGUGCUCUUGGGGGACUUGGGGGCCACCAUGGGCGACUCGGAGGAUGAGUGCGAAGCGCAGCCACUGGAGGCCUUCGAGGACUUCUCCUUCCAGAGCGAUGCUGCCGCAGCUGCGGCAAUGCUGGCACAGCACGGCUUUGUGCUGCUUCGCCUGCCAGACUCCUUCGCAGAAGCAGAGGAGGCGUGGCAGGAGUUCUUCGCAGGCAGCAGAAAGAGCUGCUUUCGAGGCCUUCGAUCAGGCGCAGGUCUGGCUGCAGAACUGCCCUUGGCAGAUGUCGGGUACACUCGCCAGACCGCCAGAGAGCACUUUCACGUGAUCCUGGGGGCAUCGGACCAACAGGAGUGGCCACCAAAGCUGCAGCAGAAGACGCAGCCGUUGGUGGAUGCGCUGGAACAGCUGUGUCGACAGUUGCUCCGCGCGCUGCCCAACGGCCCCGUGAUGGACGAAGCCUGGGAGCGGGAGACGAUGCGCACCAAAGACGCCUCCGUCUUCGACGCCUUUAGCUACUUCCCAAGGACAGGAAAUCAAUCUGGGCCGGGUACAAUACAUGCGAAGUGA